AUCCUCCCUCCCUUGCUUACGCGCCCCUCCUUUUCUUUCCAGGCCACGUGUUGUGAUGACAAGAAGCACUGCUGUCCCGAGGACUUUGAGUGCUUUUGGCACAUUUGCAAGAGAAAGUCACCCUGGACCAGUGGCCCCGCCUACCUACCCAUGAAGGAGAAGAAGCCAGCCCGCCUGUCGACGCGUGACACUUUUGUGCCCUGUCCGGACGGCCACAGCAAGUGUCCGGAUGGCUCAACUUGUUGUCCAACUGCGGAUAAAAGCCUGUACGGCUGUUGCCCCAUGCCUAAUGUAAGCAUCCUCAUUUGA